GGGCACGAUUGUCAGCGAUCAAUCUCGGCGUUCGUGCAUACGCAGUUGUCAAUUCGGUGUUGGUUUCGUCCUCUCCUGUACGUUCUCGUCCGAGGGGACUCCGAUAAAUCCGGCGAUAGCAGCCAAAUAGACGGUUCGGUCCCUGAACUUCAUCGUGGGAUACUCUCGUUACAAUAAGCAUUCCAAAGAACUGCCAAGAUGACUGUCAUCACGAAGGCGAUCACCGAGAAGAAGACGUCCGACAAAAUGGAGCAGCCAUUGUUUGUUGAGGAAAAUCCGGACUCAAAAACCGAUCCAGAAGCAGCACAUCCAAAAGGUGAUCCAGCUGGUCAUUAUUUUGUUUCCAAGAGAAGCAUCCAUCGUAUACAUGUAACGGCGACAUUUUUGCUCUUUCUCGUCGCACUAAUGAUACUGAUUAUCGGAGUAAUCGGUGGACUUUAUAUUUACAAACAAUACGCGAGAACUCAAAUGCGCAGAUUCCGUACUGGCUGGUAUAGCAUUCCAUAUGACAGCUCAAACAAAGCAUCUUAUGGCAGUAAUGGAGUUCAUCAGGGACUGUUGGCCGAUUCCGAUCUGUUCACCAAGAGUCUCACCAGAGCUAUGGAACAGGACGCAAUGGAUAUUGCAAGGCACUUAGAUCAUGAAAUUAAUAAUUUCUUCAAAGAAAGAUUUGAAAUUGAUCUUGAGAAUGAACGCUAUGAGAAAAUUGAUGUGCCUGAUUUUCGCGGUGGACGUCAAGGGCGUUUUAUACACGAUUUUAACAUUAAUAAGACAGGCAUCAUAGAUAUUGAUGGCCAUUGUUGCUUUGUUAUGCCCUUGAAUCGUCAACGCGUAUUGCCACCUCGUAAUAUGUAUGAUCUUCUUAGAAAAAUGUACAAUGGUUAUUAUGAAGUGGAUACUGCAAUUGUACGUGAAACUAUGAAAGUAGUCACACCACCAAUCACUGACAUGUCAGUCGUUGGAACAUAUAUAGCGCGAGAAUGCCAAGACUUGCCUAUUUAUAUGCUAAAGAAAGUGGAUCCUUCUAGUGUUGUAAAACGCAGCGUGUCGAGCGGAGUGUUCGGCCAAUUCGCUGGCAAUAGUAUUAUGGAAGUUGAUAUCGUAAAUCUAGAAGACUUUGAAUGAAGCUAUUGAAAGCACAAUUCAGGAAAUUUUCAAUUAUUCUAGAAUAUUAACCACCAGUAGUUCAAUGUAUAAAAGUUAUAUGCUGUCCAGAGCAAACUUAGGUAUACUCCCACACUUAUCAAGACUCAUUAUGUCUUUCCAUUAUAUUUUUUAUUAGCUUUAGAUCACAAAAUUAUAUAUAAUGCGAUUAAAUCCGCGAUUUGUUAGUUGUUAUUAAUUAGAAACAUUUAAUGCAUCAUGAGGGAGUUCUUAUAUUAUAAUGUCAUGAGAGAUUAAGUAUAAUAAGAAUAUAAUUGAAUCGUUCCAAAUAUGCACAAGAGGUCUGAAUAAAAAAAUGAAAUUGUAUAAAAUAGAAUGUCUUCUGCAAGCUGGUUUUGGUAGGGAAAUUAAUAUUUCUUCCAUGUUUGCCCCGAAAUAUAUUGAGAUGUGACAAGCGCAACAUUAGUUAUACCAUAGUGAUGAAAUGUUUCGCUACUAUUAUGAAUGUUGAGUAUUCAGUUUUUAUAAUAGUAGAAUAAUCAUACACCACAUUGUUGUGCUUAAAUACAGUUCUAUGAUAUGUUAUUAUUAUGUUAUUAUUAUUAAUACAUCGAAUUUAUUUGUGAAUUAUUAAAAAGAUUUAUUGUUCAUAUUAGAGGCACAAUGCCUUUGAUAAGCUCAAAAUAUGCAGUACAUAAACUGCUAAAAUUCAGAAGAUAUCAGAUUUGAAAUAGUCUUUUAAUAUAUCUUUUAAUAUUUCAGCGAGAAAAAUAUAUCGUUUUUAUUAUUGUAAUUAUACGUAAAAUACGUUACAAACAUUUGUAAGAUUACUGGGACUAUAUAUAUAUUUUUACAAAAUAUUUGGAUUAAAAAAUAAUAGAAAUUACAAAGUACUGAUUCAAGAGGAAUCUUGGUAUUCAGACAUUCCUUAAAAAUUGUUUACUUGUUCUGCAUUUCUACAUAGUGAAAAGUCACAUGUUUUAAUAAGUAUUAAUAAUAUAUAAUAUUGUAUUUUAAAUAUGUUUUAUAUAUACCUGUGUUUUAUUGUCAAUUUAUGAAAACUGAAAUAGAUAAAAAUGUAUUAUGACUAAAUACAAUUUGAAGAACCAAAACUGGUACAUAAGAAAUACAUAAGAAUAUAUUAUGA